CCUACAGUCCUACUUAAGCUAAUUAGACCAAUACGACAGCGUUAAAACUCCUAUAUAAACCGCAAGGCUUGAACAGGCAGAAGGAAGGGGAAACGCCAUCUCCGAGACCGGCGAGUUUCUCUACGCCGUUCAGUCGUCGUCGUCGUCAGAGGCGAAAGCUUAAAAGCGUGAGAGUGACGCGAUUGAAAGAUGAAGUUCCAAAUAGAAGACGUGACGGUUUAUUUCCCCUACGACAACAUCUACCCGGAGCAAUAUGCAUACAUGGUGGAACUGAAGCGUGCCCUAGAUGCCAAGGGCCACUGCCUUCUAGAGAUGCCGACUGGCACCGGUAAAACCAUAGCCUUACUUUCCCUCAUCACCAGCUACGCACUUUCCAAGCCUUCCAAUCCGAUCAAGUUCAUCUACUGCACUCGCACAGUCCACGAAAUGGAGAAAACUUUAUCCGAGCUUAAGUUGCUCCACAAUUAUCAGUUACAACACCUAGGCCCGGCCGCCAAGAUCCUUGCCCUAGGUUUAUCUUCCAGAAAGAACUUGUGUAUUAAUCCUACUGUGGUUUCCACUGAGAAUAGAGAUUCCGUCGAUGCGGCUUGUCGCAAACUUACUGCCAGUUGGGUUCGCGAGCUCGCUGCUGAAAACCCUAGGAUUCCGACUUGUUCCUUUUUUGAGAACUACGAGAAGUCUGCUUCUGAAGCCAUUCUGCCUCCGGGGGUUUAUACCCUGCAGGAUCUUAGAGCCUACGGGAAGUUGAAAGGAUGGUGCCCAUACUUUUUAGCGCGGCACAUGGUGCAACUUGCAAAUGUGGUGGUUUAUAGCUACCAAUAUUUGCUUGAUCCUAAGGUUGCAGGCAUUAUAUCCAAAGAGAUGCAGAGAGAAUCUGUCGUGGUGUUUGACGAGGCCCACAAUAUUGAUAAUGUAUGUAUUGAGGCUUUGAGUGUCAGUGUGAGGAUGCAGACACUCGAAGGGGCUACUAGGAAUAUCAAUAGGAUGUCUCAGGAGAUAGACAGGUUUAAGGCCACUGAUGCUGGUCGACUUCGUGCCGAGUAUAACCGACUUGUUGAAGGUUUGGCUCUAAGGGGAGAUCUGCCAGCUUCAGAUGCCUGGCUAGCAAACCCUGCCUUGCCUAAUGAUAUUCUAAAGGAAGCAGUUCCUGGGAAUAUAAGGCGGGCAGAGCAUUUCUUGUCUGUUCUCCGGAGAUUAGUUCAGUAUAUUAGAGGACGCUUGCAGACUGAAAAUGUUGAAAAGGAGGGGCCUGUUGCCUUUGUUGCUUCUGUUAACACUCAAGCUGGAAUUGACCAGAAAAUGUUGAGAUUUUGUUAUGACAGGCUUCACUCAUUGAUGCUAACUCUGGAGAUAUCCGACACAGAUGAAUUCUUACACAUACAAACUAUUUGUGACUUUGCGACACUUGUGGGAACAUAUACUCGAGGAUUUUCAAUUAUAAUUGAACCUUUUGAUGAGAGGAUGCCACAUAUUCCUGACCCAGUGCUGCAGCUAUGCUGUCAUGAUGCUUCUCUUGCCAUCAAGCCUGUUUUUGAACGAUUUCAAUCAGUUGUUAUAACUUCUGGGACUCUCAGCCCAAUUGAUCUUUACCCACGUCUUCUAAAUUUUAACCCAGUUGUUAGUCGAAGCUUCACAAUGUCCUUGACUAGGGAUUGCAUAUGCCCUAUGGUCCUCACACGGGGAAGUGAUCAGCUUCCUGUAAGUACGAAGUAUGAUCUGAGAAGUGAUCCUGGUGUUGAAAAAAACUAUGGAAAGCUUUUACUGGAAAUGGUAUCUGUUGUUCCGGAUGGAAUUGUUUGUUUCUUUGUCAGCUACUCUUACAUGGACGGGAUAGUCAAUAGUUGGCAUGAAACAGGUCUUCUGAAGGAAAUAAUGCAACAUAAACUGGUUUUCAUCGAGACUCAGGAUGUUGUUGAAACCACAUUGGCUUUGGACAACUAUCGCAAAGCUUGCGAUUGUGGAAGAGGAGCUGUCUUUUUCUCAGUUGCGAGGGGCAAAGUUGCAGAAGGUAUUGAUUUUGAUAGGCAUUAUGGUAGGCUUGUCAUCAUGUUCGGCGUUCCUUUCCAGUACACAUUAAGCAGAAUAUUGCUUGCAAGAUUGGAGUACUUGCGGGAUACUUUCCAGAUUAAGGAGGGCGAUUUUCUGACUUUUGAUGCUUUGAGACAAGCUGCUCAAUGCGUUGGGCGAGUUAUCCGUUCAAAGGCAGAUUAUGGGAUGAUGAUAUUUGCUGACAAGAGGUAUAGCCGUCAUGACAAGCGCUCUAAGUUACCUGGUUGGAUUUUGUCACAUUUACGUGAUGCACAUCUUAACUUGAGUACCGACAUGGCUGCGCAUAUAGCAAGAGAGUUCUUAAGGAAAAUGGCUCAGCCAUAUGAUAAAACUGGUGUCAUGGGCAAGAAAACCCUUUUGUCAGAGGCAGACUUGGAGAAGAUGGGGAAUUCCAACCUUGGGGAAAUGUUCUGAAGAUUUUGGGUUAAGCUAAGCUGCAGUCUUGUUGGAUGCCUGUGAAUUCACCAAUUUUGUCGUAAAUUUUGACCUUUUUUUUUUUGGCUGUUGUUGCUACAGAUUGUACACUGGUUGAACCAGAAACUGAUCUAGAAGGAAAAAUCUGGAAAUAUGACAGGAGGGUUUUUUUUUUGGGGGGGGAGGGGGGGUGCGAAUUAGAGAAUUUUGCUUUUUUUGAGCGUUUUUCCUUUUGGAUUUGUCUAUUUACAGAAGAAUUUUGGGAUUUUGUUGGAGAUAGGGUGUUUG